AUGGCUGCAAGCACAGAACCGGACGUCUUUGACGAACCCUCGCCUCCUAUCAUUGACGGUGAUAUCCUUAUGGCCUCCAAGGAAAACAUUCAGCCGCUCGCACGGGGCAGACGAGCUACAACACUUGCAUCUGUGUUAGCAACCCCUCAUUCUCAACGGUCCUCCUAUCUCGCUAGCGCACGAUCACGACAUCGCCUUAACUGUCAGCUGGCCCUGGAGAACGCAGAGGAUGACGACGACGAUCCCCUCGAAGCUUACUAUCGCUUCGUUUACUGGACUAUUGAGAACUAUCCUGCCGGACAGAGCGCCGAAAGUGGGCUGCUCGAACUCUUGGAAGAGGCCACUCGCAUUCUGAAGGACGACCGGGGCGGGAAAUGGCGUAGCCACCUGAAAUACCUCGAGUUAUGGAUUUUAUACGCCAAUCGGGUAGAGAAACCGCAGAUUAUCUAUCGCUUCCUGUUGACGAACGACAUUGGAACGGAACACGCGCUUUUUUAUGAAGAAUUUGCGUCAGUUCUCGAACGGAAUGGCAGGCGAACGGAAGCAGACGAAGUGUAUCUACUAGGCAUUAAUCGUAAAGCGCAACCUCUGGAACACCUUCAGGCCAAACAUCGAGAUUUUCAGAAACGGAUGGUUCUGUGCGCCCCAUCCGCAUCUUCGCCUCCGUCUCCCCCGCGUGAAACGACGGAGGCCGAGUCCUCCAAGCGGCGAGUGCUCGGCGAGUCCAAGAAGCCGAAAUCGAGGGCCGCAGCAGCGUCAUCUUCCACCGCCGCGUCCAUGCAGGAAGACGUCUUCGGCACUCAGGCGGUUACUCGAAGGGCAGCACCUAACGCACGCAUGCAGGUCUUCGUGGACCCAUCGGGCGAACAGGCUGCCGCCGCCGCACCCGGCGUGUGGACGGACGUCGGCACCCGGACUUCUCGGGUCAAGGAGAACGUGAAAGAAGUGUCAAAGAUGAAGGGCACGGUGAUCAAGCAGAAACCGUCCUCCUCUUCGCGCGCAGCACCGGGGCCGGGAAUGUCCGGGGGGUUCACAGUAUUCAGAGACCCUGAUCCAAGCGAGGCUCAAGGAGGUACCAUAAUGCCUCCACCUCCUGUACCCGUGAAGGCGGUGCCUAAGACGCCCAGUCAUCGCAAAGCUGCUAUAGUGCCGUUUAUCGACGGCGACGCGUCUGUGCUUUCUACUCCCAAGUCAAGUUUCACCGUCUUCCGCGAUGAGACGGAAGAACCGUCGAGUACGAUGACACCAUCAGUUACCGAUUCGGUGAUGAAAGUCAAGCGCUCCACUCCGUCUGAGAAUCCAGGGCUUGGAACCGGUGUUGAACCCUCUACCGAAGCGGAGGCACUUCGGAAAGAUCCUCUGAAAAACUAUGCGCCCGAAGAACGAGGCGGUGAAGAAGCUUGAGCACCUCGGUAUGUUUGUCUUUUCACGGUCGCCCGUUCCAUGCUCGUGGACAACGGGAACGCGUGUUUUUAAUAUCAAUGUCUGCG